GUCUCUGUUUUAGGGCGGCAUGACGAGCGUGCUAAGCGCUCGAGCUGUCUCCGCGCUUGCCAUUGCCACGCCAAAUCGUCGCGUCUGGACUUGCGGAGGAUCUCACAAGCAGCAGCAGCAACGGCGUCGCCAUUGCCUGCCUCCAAUCCACGCCGCUGCUGCUUCUGGUAAUGUCGCCAUUCCAUUCGACAAGAAGCCCGCAAAGGUUCCACCUCUCGCUCCAUUGCCGACGCCACCGGUGGAGGCAUCCCUUUCUACGGUCAUUCCUUACCUCUGGAGAUUGGCAUCCGGGGAUAGCAACUUGGGAUGGCGGCUCAUCGUCGCUGUGAGCUUUUUGUUUGCUGGAAAAGCAGCGGGGCUUGCUGGUCCUUUGUUCUUUAAAUGGGGAAUGGACGUCCUCGCUCAAGCGCCAGCCAAAGCUCUAUCGACACAACAGGUGAAGUUUGCCGUCUUGGCGCUGGUUUUCUCGGCUUUAAGCAAGGCCCUUAGUGCAGGACUCAACGAGACGAGGUAUUUGAUUUUUGCUCCACUCGGUUUUGCUACCGGUCGCAGAGUGGGAGUUCAGCUGCUGGAACACGUCCUCGGGCUCGACCUGUCUUUCCAUCUCGAGAGAAGAACAGGCGCCCUGUCUCGUAUUCUAGAUCGAGCUCAGAGAAGUGUGAUGAGCAUCUUCCGAGCUGUAGUUUUUACUUUUGUACCAACAAUUUUGGAGCUCCUUCUAGUCUGCGGGCUUCUAGCAAAACAAGUUAGCCCGAUUGUUGCUGCUGUUGUAGUGGUAACGUUCACUGCGUACGUAGCCUGGACGUUUUACAUUACGCAAGCUGCUGCAUUGAGUCGAAAGGAGGUGAAUAAGCUGGACGAACUGGCCUCCGGUAAAGCCGUGGAUGCCUUGCUGAACUACGAAACUGUUGUACAGUUCAACAAUCAAAAGCUAGAAGUUAUGCAGUACGAUGCUCUGCUUCAAAAUUAUCAAAACGCAGCGCUUGACUCGGAAAAGCUGGUAGCGGCGCUAAAUGCGGGUCAAGCUCUCAUUCAGGCUGUUGGAAUCGCGGUCGUAAUGGGACUUGCCGGGUUUCAGGUGUCUCAAGGCAUUAUCACCGUCGGAGAUCUUGUGUUGGCUAAUGGUUUGAUACUUCAACUCUCUGGACCGCUACAGUUUCUGGGGUUCAUUUACAGAGAGCUUCGGCAGUCGCUUGUUGAUCUGGAGUCCCUCUUCGGAAUUUUAAGACGAAAACCGAUGCUCAAGGAUGGUACCAUAGAUCUUCCUUACAACAGCAAAGGACUUCAUUUGAAGGCGCACGAUCUCCAGUUUAGCUACUCAUCGAGAAAAGUCUUGCAUGGAGUUUCGUUUGAAGUUCUUCCUGGUCAAAGUCUAGCGAUUGUUGGACCAUCUGGAUCUGGAAAGUCUACAAUAUUGAAGCUGCUCCUUCGUCUAUAUGACCCUGAAAGCGGCAGGCUUUCGUUUGAUGGUCAAGACUUACGUUCCAUAACACAGGCGUCACUCCGUAGGGCAGUUGCAGUUGUUCCUCAGGAAACGGUGCUUUUUAACGACACAAUUUCAAAAAACAUUCUAUACGGUCGACCCUCGGCAAAAGAAGAAGAAGUUGUCAAUGCGGCCAAACAAGCGAGACUGCACGAUACUGUGUUGCAAAUGCCGGAUUUAUACAACAGUGCUGUUGGCGAACGGGGCCUGAAGCUUAGUGGCGGUGAGAAGCAAAGGGUGGCCAUUGCUAGAGCGUUUCUUAAGGCCCCAAGAUUACUAGUGUGUGACGAAGCAACCAGUGCACUGGAUUCAACAACGGAGGCGGCUAUCUUAAACUCUCUCAAGGAACUGGCAACAGGUCGGACCUGCGUCUUUGUCGCGCAUCGCCUUUCGACUAUCAUGCACUGUGACAAAAUCCUGGUGCUAGACGCUGGAGUGAUCGUGGAGCAAGGCACGCAUCACAAGCUCCUGGAAAUGAAGGGAAUGUACUCCAGAAUGUGGGCACUGCAAGAGUCGGAAAGCCAGAGAAAGCUCGUGAAGCAAUAACAACAAAAUCAAAUCUUUGGAUCAAACAAAAAGACACUGAAGCAAAUGUAUGUGAGGCUAUUGUCUUGAAGCCAUGCGUUCACGUUAAAUGACACUGGCCUAGACAUGUGGUUUUGAGAGAAUGGUGGGAUGUAUUCCACCCAGUCUACAAACCAGCCAGGAUUCUUUCCUUUGUUAUUGUGGUGCAGCACCAUUCUACACACUGGAUCAAAUGCUUGGAGGCAAUUUGCUACCAAUCCUGUGAAUGUUGAUAGUGAGCAAAUCUCAAAGUCAUCUAUGCCAGGAUUA